UUAUUCAAUACAUCAGAUCUAUAGUAUCGUGACCACAGGAAAAUAAACAUGUUGUAAUUUUGCAUAGUGAUUCUCUUAUUGUUUUCACAGUCGUGCCUAUUUGUGAGAAGUUCAAUUAUUUUUUGUUAUCAGUGACUUGUAAUUUGUUUGCCUUGGCUACAUAAUAUUAUGUUCAUAUUCUCCCAUUUAAGCUAAGAACAGUAUGCUAUUAAAGUGCCUCGCAUUGGUGGUAGGGCUUAAAUUGAUAUUCUGCCAAGAAGUUGGAGAAGAAUGUACACUUAACGCAAACGAAGGAACCGGAGUAUGUCGCAUACAUGCUGAUUGUCCAGGAAUAGAUGAACUUAGUAAAAGGCAAGUUCCCAUAAAACUUUGUGGUUUUUAUGAACUUACAACACCAGUAGUUUGCUGCCAUGAUGAACCAGCAAGCCCAAAUGAUUUAGUUUUUGAAGAAGAUGUAUCGCUUCCAUCUGGAAAUAAUCCCAACGUUAUUCAAGGAAAUUUUUUUAGCCAAGUUGGAAGAAAAAGCCAAGAAAAAUGCCUUGAAUAUACUAAAACAGUAACAGAUAGUGUUCAAGCUAUCCCUUUAGUAACGAACAUGGAUCCUAUAAAUAUAAAUGUAACGAAAUGUGAGUAUAACAGUGUUGCCCUUAUUGUUGGUGGGACGCCUGCUUCUAGAGGUGAAUUUCCGUUUAUGGUGGCUAUUGGUUUCCCAGAUAGUGAUAAUGCUGUCGAAUGGAGAUGUGGUGGAACACUUAUAAGUGAUAAGUGGGUUAUGACAGCAGCUCACUGUACAGUUUCAAGAGAAGAGAUUGGCCCUAAAUGGAUUCGGAUGGGUGCAUUGGAUAUCGGUAGAGAUGAAGAAUAUGGCCGUGCUGACUACCUGGUAUCUAAAGUAAUUCAUCAUCCAAACUACAAAUAUCCUCUUAAAUACCACGAUAUUGCUUUACUAGCUACAGAUCAAACAGUGCAGUUUUCAAAAUUUGUGAGGCCAGCCUGCCUUUAUUUAAAUCCAGAUAUUUCUCAGCGAGUUGUUCUUGCCGCAGGUUGGGGUCAAACAGACUAUUUUGGCGCUACCAGCGAUAAAUUGUUAAAAGUUCCAUUAAGCAUCUACGAUAACAAUGUUUGUCAAAGGGCUUACAAAAAAGAAAUAACAACAAGUAGAGAUAUUCCCAGAGGUAUUAUAGACUCAAUGAUUUGUGCUGGAGAUCUUGCGGGUGGAAGAGAUACAUGUUUGGGAGAUUCUGGGGGACCAUUAUUUAUUACUGAAAAAGAGAACAUGUGCAAAUUUUAUAUUUUGGGAAUCACAUCUUUUGGAAAGCUAUGUGCUCAAGAAAACAUCCCAGCCAUAUAUACUAGGGUUUCGGAAUACAUUGAGUGGAUAGAAAGUAUUGUUUGGUAGUUGAUUUUUUUAAGGACUUUAUGUACUUUAUUUAAUAUUAUUAUAUUAAAAUAAUAACUACAAAAUGCUUUA